CCCCCCCCCCCAUUCACUCUCUCGGAUUAUCUUAAUAAAAUUUAUUUACUUAUAGAAUCACAAAACUAGUGCAAACCCAACUUCAUCAUUUUCGGAAUGAAAGCAUAACUGAAAACAAAAGAAAAUUAAUGAGAGGAGAAUAUCUUUCUUUACUAGUGCUCAUUGUCUUGGCCUCCAGUGAAGUACUUGCCAAGAACAACUCUUCAACACCUAAAUUAAGAAGAAGUGAUUUUCCAGAAGAUUUCGUUUUUGGGUCUGCAACAUCUGCUUACCAGAUUGAAGGAGCUGCCCAUGAAGAUGGUAGAGGACCCAGUAUAUGGGAUACAUUCUCUGAAAAAUACCCAGAGAGGAUAAAUGAUGGUAGCAAUGGGUCUGUUGCAGAUGACUCUUACCAUCUUUACAAGGAAGAUGUGGCUUUAUUGCAUCAAAUUGGCUUCAAUGCUUACAGAUUCUCUAUCUCAUGGUCGAGAAUAUUGCCUCGAGGGAAUCUAAAAGGAGGAAUUAACCAGGCUGGUAUUGACUAUUACAACAACUUGAUCAAUGAGCUUUUGUCCAAAGGAAUUAAGCCCUUUGUCACCAUUUUCCAUUGGGACACACCACAAAGCCUUGAAGAUGCUUACGGUGGAUUCCUUGGCGCAAAAGUUGUAAACGAUUUCCGCGAUUAUGCGGAUAUUUGCUUUAAGAAUUUUGGAGAUAGAGUGAAGCACUGGAUGACAUUGAACGAACCACUGGCUGUGGUGCAACAAGGGUAUGUUGCAGGUGGAUUGGCUCCAGGAAGAUGUUCCAAAUUCACAAACCCUAAUUGCACAGGCGGAGAUGGAGCCACCGAGCCUUAUAUAGUGGGUCACAAUCUCAUCCUUGCUCAUGGAGCCGCCGUAAAAGUCUACAGAGAAAAAUACAAGGCAUCUCAAAAAGGUCAAGUUGGUAUCGCUCUGAACGCGGGUUGGUACUUGCCGUAUACAGAAUCAGCCGAAGAUAGGUUAGCUGUGGCACGAGUCAUGGCAUUCACAAUUGACUACUUUCUGGAGCCACUUGUGACUGGUAAAUACCCAGUGGACAUGGUCAACAACGUAAAAGGCGGUCGUUUGCCUACGUUCACAGCAAAACAAUCUAAGAUGCUAAAGGGCUCAUAUGAUUUCAUUGGAAUUAAUUAUUACUCUUCUGCUUAUGCAAAAGAUGUCCCCUGCUCUAACGAAAAUGUUACACUCUUCUCUGAUCCUUGUGCCAGCGUCACAGGUCAGUUUUCGCAUCAUCCAAGUUACUUUUAUCAUUUUAAAAUAAAUAAAUCGAAAUUUUACAAGCAAAGUAUGUUAACAGGUGAAAGAGAAGGAGUUCCCAUCGGUCCAAAGGCUGCAUCAGAUUGGAUUUUGAUAUAUCCAAAGGGAAUUCGUGAUCUUCUCCUCUAUGCAAAAUACAAGUUCAAAGAUCCAGUCAUGUACAUAACCGAAAAUGGUAGAGAUGAAUUUAAUACCGGUAAAAUAUUUCUUAACGACGGCGACAGAAUCGAUUACUAUGCUCGACAUCUUGAGAUGGUUCGAGACGCGAUCUCGAUUGGAGCUAAUGUGAAGGGAUUUUUUGCGUGGUCGUUGUUGGACAACUUCGAAUGGGUAAAUGGAUAUACCGUUCGUUUCGGGCUGGUUUACGUCGAUUUCAAAGAUGGAUGUAAGAGAUACCCCAAAAAAUCAGCUGAUUGGUUCAAAAAGUUUUUGAAUCAAAAGAAAAACAGUUGAUGGAAAUUGCACCAUUCCGUUUUAAUAAUAUCUCCGUAUUAUUGUUAUCUUUAUCGGUUGGAUAUAAUAAAAUACUUUUGUUUAACUUUUUAGCUGGAAGUAAUAAGAUGAGCAUUGUAAAUACAAACUAGAUCUUGAUCCGCACAACCGCGCGGGUGUUUGUUUUCAGUUUUAUAUACAUAUUUGUUAAAUCAUUAAUAGUAUAUAAAUUUUAUCGUUAA